GAGAGAAGAGUCCGAUCGAGCAGCCGUGUCGCUUCCCUCUUCCCCGGAUCCUCUUAAAACUCCCUCCCGAACCUCUCCCCUUCCACCCUGCCACCCUACCCACUCCCUGAACACUCUUCACGGACCGCUUUCUGAUUUAAAGCCUGUCUCACCAAAGAAUCACCCUGGAUUCCCCCGUAGAAAUGGACUCUAGCCUGGUUGAAGGAGGACUUAAUGUCACCCUUACAAUCAGGCUACUCAUGCAUGGGAAGGAGGUUGGAAGCAUCAUCGGAAAGAAAGGAGAGUCGGUGAAGAAGAUGCGAGAGGAGAGCGGAGCUCGCAUCAACAUCUCAGAGGGAAACUGUCCGGAGAGGAUCAUAACCCUCGCAGGACCAACCACCUCCAUUUUCAAAGCCUUCUCCAUGAUCAUCGAGAAACUGGAAGAGGACAUCAGCACCUCAAUGACUAACAGUACAGCCACCAGCAAACCGCCAGUCACCAUGCGCCUUGUCGUGCCUGCCAGCCAGUGUGGCUCGCUCAUCGGCAAAGGUGGAUGCAAGAUCAAGGAAAUCAGAGAGUCAGCAGGAGCUCAGGUACAAGUAGCAGGGGACAUGUUGCCCAACUCAACAGAGCGUGCCAUCACCGUUGCAGGGACCCCCCAGUCCAUUAUCGAGUGUGUCAAGCAGAUCUGUGUCGUCAUGCUUGAGUCUCCACCCAAGGGAGUGACCAUCCCGUACAGACCCAAACCCUCAGGCUCUCCUGUCAUCUUUGCAGGUGGUCAGGCAUACGCUGUCCAAGGGCAGCACGCCAUUCCACAGCCUGAUCUCACCAAACUUCACCAGCUGGCCAUGCAGCAGAGCCCUUUCCCUAUUGCACACGGCAACCAGAGCUUCCAGGGUAGGUGGACAGAUGGAAAGAGGGAGUUUGAUGUCUGCAAAUCUGUAAUAAUCAGUUUAUUCAACACUCUUGUGGGGUUUCUUUGCAUUUCUUCAGGCGGGAUGGAUGCCUCUGCACAAACUGGCUCUCAUGAGCUGACCAUUCCAAACGAUCUCAUUGGUUGCAUCAUUGGUCGUCAGGGCGCAAAGAUCAAUGAGAUCCGUCAAAUGUCAGGUGCUCAGAUCAAGAUCGCUAACCCCGUGGAGGGCUCAACUGACAGACAGGUCACCAUCACUGGCUCCCACGCCAGCAUCAGCCUGGCUGAGUACCUGAUUAAUGCUCGGCUGUCUUCUGAAGCUACUGGACUUGCAGCCAACUGACAUGGAGGAUCAUCAUCAGCACCUAAUGUAACCCCUCCCCCUACUUUUUACCAAGAGGUCCCUUAUUGAACUUAAUGCAAAAACCAAGUACUAUAAACUCACUGUUUUCUCCUCUGCCUUGGUUAGACUCUUCCUCAGUUUUAAUUACACCAUCAUGGAUAUUGGUAUUUUAUUUAUUUAUUUGUUUUUAAAAUUCCCUUUGCAUAUAGUUUUUAAAGGAUUCAUACUGUUGUUGUUUUUUCUUCUUAUUUUGUUGUAUAUCUGUAUGAUUUUCUUGAUAUAGGUAAAAUAUAAAAAGUUUUAGAAAAAUCUGAAAGGGCAUAAAUAAGGUUUUCUUAUGUCAGAUUUUUCUUAGAAAAUGUUAAAAUGAAGAAAAAAAGACAAUAACAUUAUAGAUGGACUGUUCUUUCCCUUCCUUUUUAAAUAUCUAUUUAUUUUUAUUUAAAACACAGCUCCUUGAGAGUAGAGCUCAUGAAUAUUUGCCAUCUUCAGUGUGAAGCUGUAGGUCCUGGAUGAGGAACUGUGGGUUUUAACGGGUUUCAGUGGGUGUAAAUGGUUUCCAGUUCAAGAUGUGUGCAGGAACAACCUUUCAGUCAGAAGUUAAUUCAUCCCUCAUGUGGGUGCUGAUGAGAAUUUAAGCUACAUUAAGUCUCACCUCUAAUUUGCAGAGUAAUUGUUUUGUGUCAUUCCUGUGUUUCCAUCCGUUAUAUUUCUCGAUCAGGACUUUUGAGCAUUGUUGUAUAUUGGAUUCUGAUAAGGGUGGGUGGGCCUCGGUGACUAGGAGUGGGCCUGAAUGAGAGGAAAAUAUUUUCUUUUCUCAGAAAUUACUAAGACCAUAGUAAUGAUGAUGAAGAUUAUAAUAAUAACAUUGAAAUGUUUGUUUUAAAUAGAGAAAAUAUUUUUUUUAACUGCAGGGCUGGGGAAUGCUGCAAGGGGCAAAAACUACAAGACAUAUUGGUCUUUAUAAGUAUAUCAUGCUGAGGUAUUAAAUUAUGAUUAACUAGAAGGAGAAUUAUAGAAUUAACACUAGUUUCCUGCUAUCCUUUUUUGCCUGGGUCAGAUUUUAUUUUUUAUUAUUCUUUGCAGGAUGAAGAAACUCACGUUUUUGUGCACGUUUUCAAACUAUUGUAGAUCUGGGUGCAAUUAAAUUGUUGAAAUGAAAUGCAGAAAUUAAAAAAAGAUGUGAAAUGCUGAA